CGAGUUUCCCCGGGAAAGCUCAGUUUCUACAGAGGCAGCAAGUUUACUGAAGUCGCUGAAGUGUUGAUAAUCAAUGGAGAAAAUAACAGAGAAACUUCUACUGGAGAAAGGCUCUCCAAAAACCAACAAACUGGAGCAAAUCAAGACACUGAAUCUAUCUAAGAUGGGCCUGAAGCACCAGGACUUGCCAGUCAGGCUGCUGUCCCGUCUCCAGUCCCUUGAGCAGUGGGAUCUGUCUGGGAACAGACUGCAGGAGUUGCCCAAGAACCUGAAGCUGCCUGCGCUUCGCUGCCUGGACCUCAGUGACAACCAGAUGGAGGAUGUUACAACUCUGGAGUCUCUGAGCAGUCUGGAAGAGCUUAAGAUGGAGGACAACCUAUAUAUCACUGUGAGUGAUAAUCACAAGAUGAUGGUGUUGUUGCCCAACCUGAGGAUUUUCAAUGGUAAAGAUGUCAGUCCUACUGCCAACCACUUGCGCUACGUCUACACUGACAACCUGAGGACCAGGGUAAUUGCAGUUUGGGAGAAGAGCUUCCACCUCCCUGAUCCCAUCACAGCAGAGAAACUGUCCAGCCUGGAGAAAGAAUUCGUCAAUGCUGCCCGUCAGCAGGUUAGAUUUGGACCGAGUUCAGUCAGUGACUUCACCAAAUGGAAGGUGGAGAUUAUAGCUAAGGAGUACCUGCACUCUCUGACAGAACCACAGAAAGAACCUGAGAGCAACGAGUUGACGGAUAUAAAAGAGAACAGUGAAAUCUCAACUCCUACCAAGAGGAAACAAACUACAUCAGUAAAGGACUCUGACAUAAGCCUGACGCCUCGCAAACAGUUGCGCACAGAUCUCCCAGCCUCAUCAGGAGAAGACAGUCCUCGUAAAUCCAGCCUCCGCCUCAAACCACUGAAGACACUAAGCCAGGCCGAUGCUGUCAGGAUGAGCCCCCGCAAGACAGGUCAGCCUCCCUCUACCCCUACCAGAAAACAGAUGAGGGCAGAGACACCCAGGAGGGCUUCUAAAGUGCAGCAAGCCAAAGAGGAUGGAGCUCAGAUUAAACAGAAGGAAGAUUUUAAAGCCACAAAGCUGCAGAGAGAUACUGACAUGCUACCUACACUGAAGAGCUGCAGCAAGACACAGCAGCCAUUGUGUCUGAAGCCUCUCCAUGUACUCCAGUGCCACAGUAAACAGGACAGCUCAGAGGAUUUCUCCACCCAACUGUGGGCCUGUGCUUUCCAGCAGCUACCAAAUUCAACUGGCAGUAGUGGAGGAAGCCGUUUGGUUGCAACCUGUGGAGGAGACUCUCUCUGCGUGAUUGACUGUGAAACAGGGAUGGUGAUGAAGAAGUACAAAGUUCUUGGGGAGGAGUUCUUCUCGCUGGCCUGGUCCACAGUGUUGAUGUCCAGGGGAGGAGGGGCCCCGGCUCAACAUUGCAGCAUUCUGGCAGCUGGUGGAAAGAGAGGAUUGGUCAAAUUGAUCCACCCGAGAAACAACAUGGCCUACGGGGAGUUCAGAGCCAGCCGCAAAGCCCUGUCUGUCCUCCGCUUCAACCACCACAAGGGAAACUUCCUCUUCUCGGGAUCGUACGACAACAAGAUAAUCAUGUGGGACAUUGGUGGAGUGGACAGCCAGUACAACUACAAAGUUGUUCAGCUGCUGGUGUUGGAAAUCAGUGCCACCCCUCUGCACAUCUGCCUCCCUCCCACCUCCCCCAGCGCUAACCUACUAACUGCCUGUGAGGACGGUCUGCACUGCUUCAACACGCAACUCGGUACCAACAACACGAAGAGAUCCAAGGAGAUGGAGAUAACUUUCCCUAUAUAUAAGAAGGAAGACAAAGACCAUGACUACCAUACCAUUGAUGGCCUGAGUUUUCUUACAGAUGACAUAGUGGCCUCCAAGAACUACCUGCACAACUCCAUUUACUUGUGGAGCUGGAACAGGACCAAGGCUCAGCGGCCUGACAAGAAGAACAGGACAGUGUGUGCUGUGGUUCUUGCUGAACUGCAGUGGGCCAACACUGAAAUUCCCUACCUGGCUCUCAACACCUGCCCUGGCCAAGCCUACAUAGUGUGCGGUGAUGACAAAGGCAGGCUGUGGACAUACCACGUCACCAACCUACAGAGAAACAGUUUCCAGACAGGGAAACCCAUACUGCCCACUGAGGUGUUGGAGUGGCCAGCACCGGUGAGGAAUGGACUGGGCCAUGUGGAGGGCCCCUCCAUCAACAGUGUAGCAAUGGACCCUGAGCUACAAUACCUGGUGGCCCUCAGUGACAAGAAUAUGGUGAUAGUGUGGAAAAGAGAGGAGUCCUCCUGAACAGCCCAGGCAUGAAAGUCUGGGAAAAGAACCGUUGAGUAUGUACCAAUUUUUGGUAUCUGUGAGGUAGUACUUCAAAUACAGGACUGAAAAUGUGAUGGGACAUUAGCUAAUUAAUCUUAGCUAACAGAGACAGACUGUUAAGAUCCUCUCUGGGAUCUUGUUGUUUACUCAUUCUCCAGUUGUGAGGGGAAAGUGACUUUUAUCAUGGUGUAACACCCAGAGAGGUUUAAUGUUUACAAUAACAACAUUCUUUAUUUUCUGUAUAAAAAUAUCUCACAUGGAGUUCUGCAUAGAAUUUAAACUUCUAAAUUGCAGGAUUUUAUAGCGAAAAGUCACCACUGUAAUAGUGGUAUAAACUAGGGAAGAGAAUUACUGAUUGUUGCUGUGUGACACACAAUUAUUUUUUAUGUAUGCAAGUCCAACCAGAAAACAUGGUUUCAGUUUCACAAAUUAUAUGUAAUAAUUCAACAUCAUAACUUAACUUGGUUUACUGAGCCUUACUUAAAAAUGCGUAGACCUUUAAAACAGACUAUAACUGCUAUAUUUAAGAAUUCAUGAUUAUACAAAAGAAGUCAAAUGUAGCUGUAAUUGACCACAGGCUUUUCAUUUUAGAUCUUGUUUUAUUGUCUCUCCAAUAUGUGGUUUUAUUUGAGGCCUUGGCACAGUUUCAUUUCAUGGUUCCAAUAUGAUUUUAAUUGUGUGCCUCUGUAUUAAAUUAUCUUCUACUCAGAAAAAAAGCUAAAACGCUGCUGACGCUGAGACCCUAUCACUCUGUUGUUCUUUUACACAGUCUUUCACAUUAUUCUUGAAUCUUGUCUGCUGUUUAAAUGCCAGGCUACUUUGUAAUGCUCUGAUAACAUUAAGUUAUGCAAACUUGGCUUUUCUGGAGGGACUAAAGAGGCUAAGUGGAGAUGCAGCCUGGCGACUGACUGAUGAGAAAAUAAAAUGCAGUACAGCAUGUUCCUUC